UGGAUUCACCUCCCAUUUGAAGUGAAACGUCCAGUCUUGCUAUUUGCGAUUCCUACAGAGCGGCGCACUCUUGCCACCUUCGUUUCGAACCACUCAAACACGUCAACCCCGAACAAGCCGCUGCGGCACAGAAACACACGCCAGAGCGCAAUGAAUCAGACGAGGAGGAAACGAAACGAACUAGCCGACACGUCAGAAGGCAGCAGUGCCACGAAACGCGUCGCUCUCGGGACUCUGCGCCCGUCGGACUUGCAGAGAAGGAAACAAGUUGUCUCAAAAGUGGCGGUGUCGCGGACUCGUCUGACAACGUUUGAUAACAAGGAAAACGACUACUGGAAGCAGGCGCUUGGUUUAGAGUCGAAAAAGGAGGAGGUUGAUGCUGCAGAGCCGAAGCUCGAUUCGAUGACUUCCAGCAGGUUUCUCUCGAUUGCUUCACGCGGACUGGGCAGUCUGCCUAUGAGAGUGCCUCGAGAAGACGUGGAGAGAAGACAGUCGGGUAGUUCGAUGGAGAAUGAGGCGUUGAUGUCGUCAGAGAGAGUGAGCCUGUCGGAUUUGUCGUUUCAGUUGCCUCAGUCGACGUCGCUCUUCAGUCCAGCAUCUCCAAUGGUCGUAUGCAACACUCCUACUGAAUUUGUCACAACAGAGUCGCCGUGUCUUGUUCCACUGACCAUUCCAGACGUCGACAGGGAACGUAUACACGACGUCACGAUGUGCUCGGAGUAUGCAAAAGAAAUCUAUGAUUACAUGAUACUACAAGAACCAAAGUUUAUGAGCAAUCCAUCGUAUAUGAAGAAGCAGCCUGACAUCACUAACGCUAUGCGUUCUAUACUAGUAGAUUGGUUGGUAGAGGUUGCGGAUGAGUACAAGCUGCAGGCUCAGACUCUGUACCUCGCCAUCUCAUACAUUGAUCGCUUUCUCUCAAAAAUGUCCGUCAUGAGAGGUAAACUGCAGCUCGUUGGAGCAGCCAGCAUGUUUGUAGCUGCAAAGUUUGAGGAGAUUCACCCACCAGAAGUGGAUGAAUUUGUUUAUAUCACGGAUGACACAUACACAAGAAGUCAGGUACUGAAAAUGGAACAUCUGCUUUUGAAGGUGCUGACAUUCGAUCUGGCCGCACCUACCAUACUCAAUUUCCUGGACAGAUAUGUUACAGUGGCGGGAGCCAAUGAGAGAACGGAACACCUGGCUAAGUAUCUGGCGGAAUUGUCUCUCCUGGAUGGUGAUCCGUAUCUCAAAUAUCCGCCGUCUGUGAUUGCAGCCUCGUCGGUCGCUCUCGCUCUACAUACGUUUAGUUUACCCGCCUGGACGCCGACUCUCGUUCACUACAGCGGCUACGCAACCGGCGACGUUCAGGCGUGCUUGCAGGAUCUUCACUGCACCUUCUCGCACGCGCCUCGCCACCAUCAGCAGGCGAUACGCGACAAGUACAGUCAAGCACGGUUCUCAAGUGUAGCUCGCAUUCCACCCUCGUCGACGCUGCCCAUUUGAUCCGGUUUCGGACAGAGGACAUCCGCUCAUCGUCAUCUCGCUUCAACGCAUUGAAACACUUAGUCACGUCGAAAAAAUAUUUGAGGUUUUUAUUAAGGUUGGGCUAUUUUUAAAAUAUUAGACUUAUAGUUCGGCGAGGUCAUGCGGAAUGAGAAAGAGCUGGGACGUGUUCACGAUGUGAAAUUGAUGAAUUUAUGAUUGUCGUCUCUUGA